AUGACUUUCGCAGAGUCCUUCCUUCAGGGCUUUUCUACUGUACACAACUCAAUAGGGUACAAAAAAGGAUACAACUUCAUUCUUUGGUUUAUAUUUGCUGGUGCUCUCCUCGGAUUCACGCUCGCCCGUUUCUCAUUCCUAAACUUUGAUAUCUUUGAGAACGAUUCCGUUCCUGGUCAAUGGUAUUUCACGCGCAUGGGCCGCGAUAGAGUCGGCCUCCUCUUACAUCUUGCCGCCGUGCUACCAUGUGGCAUUCUUGUCAUCUUCCAGUUUAUUCCGAUAAUUCGACACAAGUGGAUAUUGUUGCACCGUAUCAAUGGCUACAUCAUCUUUGUCCUGCUUUUGAUUUCACACGCGGGAGCGCUUAUGAUCAUGGAACACUCAUUUGGCGGUGGCGUGGACAUCCAGUCCGCAGUGAUUACGGUGGUCAUCGCCUGUACAGUUUCUUUCUGCCUUGCACUCUACAAUAUUCGCUGCAAGCAACUCGAACAACAUCGCGCUUGGAUGCUACGCACUAUGUUCUACAUGGGGUGUAUCAUUACCAUCCGAAUCUGCCUCAUAAUCUCCGCUUCUAUCCUGGGUGCCCUCCCAAAUCUACGCCACGACGUGUGGUCAUGCGAUCAAGUCCAGUUCACUUUCCUAAAUGGUGCUUCAAAUGCUGUUACUGCUUCCGAAAAGCUAGCAAAACUCUUCCCACAAUGCACCGCACCAAAUUCUACAAACAUCAUGGUUCCAGUCCCGGCUUCCCUUAACUUAAGCAACCCUGCCUCAGCUGGUGCAGCGUUCAACCUCAGUUUUGGUACAGCUAUCUGGAUAUCGUUCAUGCUCCACGCCCUUGGUGUCGAAAUAUACCUCCGUCUUACCCCUAAGGAAGCAGAGCGCCUCCGUCAAAUUAGUUACGAGCGUCAACUGGCUGCUGGUUUCAAGAACCCAGGUAGCGCAGGCUUGGUUGUUGAAAAGCUAGGAGACGCCGAUCCAUGGAAGGGACCCGUUUAG